AUGCCACAAUCUGUUGCUACAAAACCCAAUUUCACUCCGCAGCAGCGCACAGACGUCUGCCACCAUCUCCUCACUCUUGUCGCGAGAGAUGGUAAGCUUCCCUACGGCUCUUUUCGCAAUGUUGCGGCGCAGUUUGCCUGUAACUGGCAAACGGUAGCACGGCUUUGGAAGAGAGCUGCGUACAACCCAGGAUCGAACACCCUGUGCCAAGACGUCGCCUCUCGCAAGAAGGGUCGAGCUGGUCGAAAGCUCAAGUACAGCGACCUAUCCGAACGCAUCGCAAAGAUCCCAAAGACAGAUCGAACCACGAUCCAGGCCAUUGCUCAUGUUAUCAACGUCCCUAAAUCUACACUCCAAGACUACUUCAAGCGUGGGUUCUUGGUCCGCCAUUCGAGCAGCGUCAAGCCACAACUGACCGAGGCCAACAAAGCAGCACGUCUUAAGUGGGCGUUCGAACGUCUUGGGCCGGACUUGAUGGUGCAUGACAUGAUGGACUACGUCCACGUGGAUGAAAAGUGGUUCUACAUGACUCGGGUCAAGAAGACGUUGUACCUGCUGCCAGGAGAAGAGCCGCCACAUCGCAGCACCAAGUCGAAACGGUUCAUCACGAAAGUGAUGUUCCUGUCAGCUGUCGCACGGCCUCGUUGGAACUACAACACGAAUGAAUGGUUCGACGGUCGCAUCGGGACAUGGCACUUUACGCAAUCUGUACCAGCCCAACGGAGCAGCCGUAAUCGUCCAAGUUGGACCAUGGUGACGGUGCCUUGUACGGUGACACGUGACACGUACCGCGACAUGCUCAUUGACAACGUCAUACCUGCUAUCAAAGCAAAGUGGCCCAAUGACAAAGCCGCACGCAUCCUUCUCCAACAAGACAACGCUCGUCCGCAUGUGCCUCUGUCCGACGAGAGGGUGGCUGCUGCCUGCGCCUCGGAUGGCUGGGCAAUCGAAGUUGUCUGCCAGCCGCCCAACUCACCUGACAUGAACACCUUGCAAGAGCGUACCCGGUGCAAGACAAUCGAUGAACUUAUCGAUGCGACGCUGUCGGCCUGGACUACGGUUGACGCCAUGACCCUAAACUCAAACUUCCUCACCUUGCAGACGUGCUUGAUCGAAGUCGUUCGUGCUGGUGGUGGUAACAACUACAAGAUUCCCCACAUGGGCAAGAAGAAGUUGGCCAAGCAAGGGCUGUUACCGGAGUCUGUGGAGUGCCCGCGGGAUGUGUUCAACUUCGGUCAUGCGGCUAUCGGGGCUACUGAUUUUGAUGCGCAUGUCGACUUGUUGGCGGAGGAG